GGAAAGACAUGGGCCAUGUCGGAUGAAUUAAACUUGUAUGUGCGUUUUACCGUCGCUGUCGUCAUUAAAUAGGAGAAGUGACGUUAUCGUGUAAGCGGUUAGGACUUCAUUACCCACAAUCCCGAGCGCCUUCCAAACGUAAACACAUGGACAUUUACCCCGGUGACAUGACAUGAAGCUGCGGUGCUAAAGGACACUGGACAGACAGCCGACAUGAGAGUCAAUGUGAAGUUUAACGGUGGUCCAGGUAUAGAGGUGGAUCUGGUGGAGGAGGCGAGUGUUGCUGAUCUGAAGGAGCAUGUGGGGAGACAGCAUGGCGUCAGCCCCGACCAGCUGAAGGUUUUGUUUGCUGGCCGAGAGCUGCAGAACAACAUCACGCUGCAGGGUUGUGACCUCCCGGAGCAGAGUACAGUGCACGUUGUACUUCCCCCUCCUGGUUGUGUGUUUCAGCUCCGUCUGCAGGAGCGUCUGCGUGUUGGCAGGGAGGACAGUUUGACCAGACUGGACCUCAGUAACUCACGUCUCUCCUCUUCCUCAUCUGGCCUGGCUGUCAUUCUGGAGAAGAGCACCACAGAGGGAGAGACCAGCGAAGAGGAGUCCACAUGUAUGUGUGUGUGUGUGUGUGUGUUCUGGCUAGUGAUGUGUGGUUCAGGCCGGCGUUCAGACAGUAGUUUCUAUGUGUAUUGUAAGAGUGUGUGUCGGGCCAUCAGACCAGGAAAACUGCGUGUUCGAUGUCGAAGAUGCAGACAGACGACCUUCAUCCUCAGUAGAGGGCCGUCCUGUUGGGAUGACAUACUGCUCCAAGGUCGUAUCCAUGGUGUCUGUCAGUCAGAGGGUUGUCAUGGUAACAUUGCGGAGUUUUAUCUGAAAUGUGCGGUCCACCCCACAUCAGAUGAUGACCUCUCUGUGGCCCUGGACCUCAUCAUGACCAACGUCAGAUCCGUGCCAUGUAUUGCCUGCACUGACGUCAUGAGUCCAGUCCUGGUGUUCCAGUGUGCAGAGCGUCAUGUGAUCUGUCUGGAAUGUUUCCAUAGAUACUGUGAAACUCGUCUUAAUGAGCGACAAUUUAUUCACCACCCUGUGAUUGGAUACUCUUUGCCCUGUGCAGUUGGGUGUCCAGACUCUCUCAUUAAAGAGGUGCAUCAUUUCCGGAUUCUCAGUGAUAGACAGUAUGAGCGCUACCAUAGUUACGGAGCAGAGGAGUGUGUGUUUGCGAUGGGGGGUGUCUUUUGUCCAGCCCCCGGCUGUGGUGCCGGCCUUCUCCCAGAGGAGGACAGCAGGAGAAUCCAGUGUGAGAGGAGCAAUGGACUAGGCUGUGGGUUUGUCUUUUGUAGAAAUUGUCGAGAGGAGUACCAUGAAGGGGCGUGUCAAGUGCAAUUGGCUCCGCCCACAUGUGGAACCUCACAGGGUUAUGUGGUGGAUGAGGAGGCAGCGCUGAGGGCCAGAUGGGAGCGAGACUCCCAGCAGACGAUCCAGGAGACCACCAGACCCUGUCCCCAAUGUAGAGUCCCUGUGGAGAAAAAUGGUGGUUGUAUGCACAUGCAGUGUCCCAGGUCUCAGUGCAGGUUUGAAUGGUGUUGGCUGUGUGGUGUCCAGUGGAACAGGGAGUGUAUGGGAAACCACUGGUUUGGCUGAGAGAGAGCAUAUGAUUCUGGGAAGACUCAUUGCUCCAAAUCACUUCCUGUUAGAUUUCUGUUUCAUCGGCUCAACUUCUUUUUAACAGGACAAUCUUUUUUUCUGUUGUGUUUCUGUACAUUGGAAACAGCAGUACUUAGUUUCAUUGUAAAGAAAUGGAGAUAAACUGGUUUAACUGUCUGUUGAAUACACACCUUGAAACAAUCAUAGAAUAAAAACCAGUUUUUAUCUGUAUGUAUGUGUAUGUAUUUGUGUGUGUGUGUGUGUGUGUGUGUGUGUGUGUGUGUGUCAGU